CAGUAAAAUUUAUAUAUUUUUUUAAUAUAGUAACACAUAUAUAAUUACUAAAACAAAAAAAUAGUAAAAAUAGUGAAAAUUAUAAUUAAAAAUAAAAUUAAAAUUUUAUUACGAUUUAAAUAUAUUUGUAUUAUUUUUAUUUGCUUACCCGCCCGUAGGGCGGGUCCGAUCCUAGUUUAUAAUAAAUAUUUUUGUUUCAAUGUUCUUUCUUGUUCUUUUCAGUUUAAAGAAUCAUAGAACAAAACUAUUUCUUAUAAAAUCCGUGAAGAAACAAUAAAGAAUAAAUAUUCUUAUUAUUUUGUUCCUCUUUGUUUUUUAAUUCUUUAUUCUUAUUAUUCUUUUCAUAGUCAUCGGUUAGAUAAUCUAAAUAACAUUUUAUUCUUGUUUUAAAAAAACUAAUCGUAUGAAUAUGAUAAAUGGAUAUAAAAUUAUGAACAAACUAAAAAAAUUAUGGAUAAAACAUGCAAUCAUAAACAAAUCAUUGUUGAUAUAUUACUUGGAAACUAUAAUACCAAUAUUGUCAAAAAAAAAACUAUAAUACCAACAUUAUGGACAAUGGUAGUAGAUUAAGUAGUGGACAUGCCGUGGAAAUUAAGACACAAUGAAUAUGUCACCGUAAGUUAAAUUAUUGUUGCUCUAUUACUUAUGGAUACACUACGUAGUGGACGUUUGGCAAACAAUUGAAAAUCAUAAAGAAGAAAUGCGGUGGGACCGAGAAGAAAUGAAAGAAGUAGAUGGUAUGGAUAUAAUGUUUUUUAACAGCGAUUCAAAAUACAGUAAAAUAAAUUUAUAUUUCAAAUAUUGUCACUACUUUUUAAUUAUACUAACAUUUUUCAAAAUAUCACAAAUUAAACACCAAAAUAUUCUUUUUUUUUGGGGGGGGGGGGUUGUGUUUUCUUUUGGUUCAAUAUUUGGAAAGUAGUAUUUUGAGAGUUGUCUUAAUUUCUUUACUUUAAGUAUCUAGCUAAAAAUGUGAUGGUAAUAAAAGAGGGAAGCGUGUGAAUUAUGAUUUAAAAGGAAUGUGAUUGAGAUACAUUAUAAACUCGAUAAAUUAAUAAUAUUGGAACUAUAAUAUUUUAUUAAUUUAUAGAAUUUUAAAUUUAUAAUUUUUCAGAUUUUAUAUUUUAGAAUAUAUUUUUUGUAGAAUAAAAAAAUUUGAUUUCAUUGUUUAUAUAUCAUUAAAUAUUAUAAUUUGACUUUUUUUUAUUAUGACAUUUGAUGUGUAUAACAUAUGUAUCAUAUAUACAAUUUUAUUAGAUAUUAUUAAAAUAUUAUGAAAUUUUAAGAAAAAUAGAAAUAAACUUUAUUGUGGAUAUAAAAGUAUACAAUAUAUUAUUAUACUUAUAUAAACUGUAUAUAUAAAAAUUAUUAAUUAAUGAUUUUAGUGGAACAAUAUAUUUAUAUGAAGUUUUCUAAAUUAUUAUUAUUUUAUCGAUUUUUUGCUAGAAACAAAAAUGUGUUUUUAAUGUCAUGGUAAAAAUGUGUUUUUAAUGUCAUGGUUUUGAUCAAAAAAAAAAAAAAAAAAAAAAAAAAUGUCAUGGUAAAAAUGUGUUUUCAAAAAAGGGUAAAAGAGAAAUAUUGGUUCUAGCAUCCGGAUUAAAAUGGAGCCGGCUAUUCUAGAAUCCGGACUAAGGCUGACCCAACCAUGCCUAUAGCGUGGUCAUCGUAUAUGAUAGAAAUGUGGUUAUAUUAUGUAACAUAUAAGUCGAGGAAAAUUAACCUAGUCUAGACUAUUCAAGUCAUAUACCGUAAAGGAGGAGGGCUUUUGACUUUGUAUUUAACUUUAUAGUCGCCACCACAAACCAAAUCAACAGUCAAAAGCCGUGAAGAAAACUUUAUACUAUAUCUUAUAAAUGUGAGCUUUCAUGCUGUGAAAACCAAAGUAAGUUGAACAAUGUCUUCUUGCUCCUCUUGCAUCUUCCUCUUCCUUUUCUCCUUCCUCACUAGUUAUGGAGCUUCUGCUGAAAACCCUUUUUACCUAGACCUGUUUUGCCCGAAUACGACUAGAAACAGCACUUACUUCACCAAUAAUCGCGAAGCCGUCUUGUCCUCUCUCCGAAACGCUGCAUACUCCACCGAAUUCCAAAACGCAACGGCAGGACAAGCCCCCAACAAGGUCUACGGACUUUUCCUUUGCCGGGGAGACAUGACUCCAGAAGUUUGUCUUAACUGCGUAACGUAUGCCGUCAACCAAAUCUUAGCACGGUGUCCGAAUGGGAAUGUAGCCGUUAUCUACUACGAGGAGUGUAUCCUUAGAUACUCUCACAAGAAUAUUUUCUCUGUCCUUACACUCGAAGGAGGACAUAUCAGGAUGAACGGUUAUAAUAUUUCGUUGAACCAAGAAGUCCGUUUCCGAGAACAGGUGGCGUCCAUGUUGAACCGAGCAGCGUCCGAGGCAGCGAACAGUCCUAGAAAGUUCUACACGACACAGGCUAAUUUUUCCACAGUCCAGACUUUGUACGUCUUGGCUCAGUGCACUCCUGAUCUUACUACACGAGACUGUUUGACCUGUUUGCGAUCGUCCAUCAAGGGAAUGCCUCUUAACAGAUACGGAGGAAGACUUCUCUGGCCUAGUUGUAAUACAAGGUACGAGCUUAACAAAUUCUACAACGAAACCGCCAUUAGAACAUCUCCUCCACGAUUUGGUAAACUCCCUUCCUUUGUUUAUUUUCUUCCUCCAGGGAAAGGCGGGAAUUCAAAUGUGUUAGUCGUAUCCGUCGUUGUGCCUAUAAUAGUGGUUGUUCUAAUUCUCGGAGCUUGUUAUUGCUUCCUUGCAAAGAGAGCAAAGAAGACUUCUGAUACUGCACCAGACUUUGAUGGAGAUGGGAUAACAACCAUAGAGUCGUUGCAACUUGAUUAUAGAACAAUCCAAGCUGCAACAGAUAAUUUUUCAGAAAAUAAUAAGAUUGGUCAAGGUGGAUUUGGUGAAGUUUACAAGGGUACAUUUUGGAAUGGGACUGAAGUUGCAGCGAAGAAACUGUCAAAAUCGUCAGGACAAGGUGACAUAGAGUUCAUGAACGAGGUUGUUGUUGUUGCAAAGCUUCAGCACAGAAACUUGGUUAGGCUUCUCGGAUUUUCUCUAAAUCGAAAAGAAAGGAUAUUGGUCUACGAGUAUGUGCCUAACAAAAGCCUUGAUUACUUCCUCUUUGACACUUCAAAGCAAGGCCAGCUGGACUGGUCUCGACGAUACACAAUCAUUGAAGGGAUUGCUCGGGGGAUGCUAUAUCUUCAUCAAGAUUCACGAAUCACAAUCAUUCACCGUGACCUUAAGGCGAGUAACGUACUCCUAGAUGCGGAUAUGAAUCCAAAAGUUGCUGAUUUUGGAAUGGCGAAGAUCUUUGGAAUUGAUCAAACCCAAGGAAACACAAGCAGAAUAGUUGGUACCUUCGGUUAUAUGUCUCCUGAAUAUGCCAUGCAUGGCCAUUUCUCAAUGAAAUCAGAUGUCUAUAGCUUUGGAGUGUUAGUUCUUGAAAUUAUAAGUGGAAAGAAGAACAGCAAAUUCUACGAGAAAGACGGCGCACAUGACUUGGUCACAUAUGUUUGGAGGCUAUGGAGUAACGGAACAACAUUAGACAUUGUGGAUCCUGUUAUUUUAGAUAAUUGCCAAAAGAGUGAAGUGGUUCGAUGCAUCCAUAUCGGUCUUUUAUGCGUUCAAGAAGAUCAUAUAGUGCGUCCGACCAUGCGAACCAUUUUAAUGAUGCUCACUAGUAAUACAGUGACUUUACCAGUGCCUCGACAACCAGGGUUUUUUGUUCAGAGUAGGCCCCAAAAUGACCCGCUAAAUUCAGAUCAAUCAAGGACAAGCAACUCUUUUCCAGGGUCUCUCGACGAUGCAUCAGUCACUGAGUUAUCUCCUCGUUGAAUUAAUAUGGUGUUCACCAUCAAGUUUCAGCCAGAUGGUUCUUACAUAUUUAAAGAAGUGGUCAACAAGGUUUGUUUAAUUGUUUUCAUAGUUUUGAUUUGGUUCUUCUGGUUUUAAAUAAACUGAAAUAAAGUAAAUUCCCUUGUAAUUUUGUUUUGGUUUGGUGAUGUUUGAUGCAAUUGCGCAAAUUCUUUAAUUUUCAGUAUGGACUUUGUUUGAGUUUUAGCUAAAAACUAGACUUUAAGCGGGUUUAAAUACUUUGAGAAAAGAAUGUCAUAAAAGAUUAUUUAUGUAUGUUUUUAAUAAAAAAUAGAUAAUAAAUAUGUUACAUUGAAAUGGAAGCGGAUACUCGUAAUCAUAUUGAAGCAUAUAAUCAAAAUUUUUUUAAAAAAGAAUAAGAAGCAGGUACGUGUUGAAAAUAUAUAUCCAAAUACAUAUAUAUAUAUAUAUAUAUAUAUAUAUAUGUGAUU